GCUCCCCGGAUGCCUUGCAGAGCCGAUCGGGCCGGAGCUUCAAGUUUGCAGCCCGCCCAUCACUACCCGUAGCCCGCGCAGCGCCCUUCUUCUCCGCCCGUCGGUCCGGCCCGCGCCUGGAAAGAUGUACCAGAGUUUGGCUCUGGCUCCAGCCUCGGGCCAGGCCACCUACGCCGACUCGGGUGGCUUUCUGCACGCUCCGGGCACGGGCUCCCCGGUGUUCGUCGCUCCCGCGCGCGUGCCAUCCAUGCUCCCCUACCUGCCCGCGUGCGAACCGGGCCCGCAGCCUCCCGCGCUCGCCGCCGCGCACGCUGGCUGGGCGCCGGCCGCCGCCGUGGACUCCCCGGCCUUCGGCUCUGGCAGCCCGCAGCCGCCGGGGACCUCCGCCUUCCCCUUUGCGCACAGCCCCCCGGGACCCGGCCACGGCGGCAGCGCGGGGGCCCGGGACGACGGGAGCGCCUACCCCGGGCAGCACUACCCGGCCUCGCUCGGGAGGCCUAUGGGAGCCUCGUACCCCGCGACCUACUCUGCCUACGUGAACCCCGACGUGGCCCCGUCGUGGACAACGGGGCCUUUCGAUGGCAGCGUCCUGCACGGUCUCCAGGGCCGCCCGGCCAGCCUGCAGGGUCGGAGGGCCGCCUUCGUAUCUGACUUCUUGGAAGAAUUCCCUGGAGAAGGCCGGGAAUGUGUCAAUUGUGGAGCCCUGUCCACACCUUUGUGGCGCCGAGAUGGCACCGGCCACUACCUGUGCAACGCCUGCGGCCUCUAUCACAAGAUGAACGGAGUCAACAGGCCACUAGUGCGGCCCCAGAAGCGCUUGUCCUCCUCGUCUCGCCGUUCCGGCCUCUGCUGCUCCAAUUGCCACACAGUGACCACCACACUCUGGCGGCGAAAUGCAGAGGGCGAGCCAGUAUGCAAUGCCUGUGGCCUGUACAUGAAGCUCCACGGGGUGCCAAGGCCUCUGGCAAUGAAAAAGGAGAGUAUCCAGACGCGGAAAAGGAAGCCCAAGACUCCGGCCAGAAACCAGGGCUCCUCAGGACCCAUGACAAGCACCACAGCCUCCCCUCCUGCUGUCACCAACACUGAGAGCUCAGCAGCCACUUUGAAAACAGAGCCCAGCCUGGCAUCCCCAGUGUGUGCUGGAGCCAGCAUCACCUCCCAGGCUUCUGGCCCCUCAGAUGAUCCCUUGGCCUCCAGCCACCUGGAGUUCAAAUUCGAGCCGGAGGACUUUGCCUUCCCUUCCUCAGUCCUGAACCCCCAGGCCGGACUUGGUGGGGCUCUGCGGCAGGAGGCAUGGUGUGCUCUAGCUUUGGCCUAGCUCCCCAGGAAACUACAGGCAUGGUGGCUCCCCCGAACCCAGCCAACAGAUCCACCCUGCACCUGCCUCCCUCAGCACAGCAGAGAUGACUCCACCGGGACAAGCUGGCCUCCUGGGGUGGACAGGUCUUUGGUGUCUCUCACCACCACAGUGGGUAGCCUUCUUUGCAAGCAAGUGGAAGGCUAGUGAGAGAAGGGCUCAAGCCCCACCUGAAACAAGAAGGAAACCCCCAGACCACCAGGGACCUCUGCAACCAAGACAUUGCCCAGCGCUGACUUGAAUUCAACACACCAUUAGCUACUGUAGCAGGCGGGACAUGCUGCCAGCAUCCUCGGGUAAAACCAGGCCCCUGGUGAACACCUGAGACCAGCUGGGCAGCAAGAAUGAGGGGGCUGGGCACAGGGCUCCUGGGACCUCGAAACUGUCAUUUCCCACAUCUGACGGGGCGAACCUGGUACAGAGUGCUUUUCCUCCUACGGGCACAGGACUGCCAGGGACUGGGUGGGACACUGUGCCAAGGCAAGGCCGUCCCUACAUAGUCGUCACAGACAUGUAUUUAUUUGUAUGUUUUUUCCAGACAGCGUAGUAAAGGGCCUUGUGCUGACAGGUCUGUGUUCUGUGAGCCCUGCUGACAAGCAGCCUACACAGUGGAGCUACCGGGGCUGGGGUGCAAUGGGCUCCUGGCCUGGCUCAGCUGGGACCAUCAGGUUAAGUCCACCGUCCCAGCUACUGGUAAUGACUCACCACAGCAGCUCCCUCAUGACUGUCCAGGGUCUGGAGGUCAGCUCUAAAGCCCUGGUGGCAGGGAGGUGGCAAGCAAGGUGGGUGCCCUGCAGUUCACACCCCAGCUGCC